CCUCUGGUAGCAGACAGCUUGCCAUUGUUUGUCGCAAAUUAUUAACAAUUUCCAGCAAUAUUAAGCCUAAUCAGCUCAGUCUUCACAUUUUGAGGAAACACGAUGCGCUAAUACCAAGAACUUUACAGUUUUCAACAUUUAGACCUGAAGGACUAAAGCUAUUUAGCCAAUUUGUUUUAAAAAACCGUUGGACAUUAGUCAAAUCCGGUUUUACUUUCUAUGCAACUUGCGUCGUCUGCUGUGGUAGUGUUGCAUUUUGCUUUGCUGGCAGUAAUAACCAUGAGCAGUUUCUUUCUGCAGUUCGAUUAGGUAAUUCCAUGGAAGUUGAAAGGCUCAUCAAGUUGGGUGUGGAUGUCAACAAAAAACACGAACUGGGCUGGACAGCUUUGCAUGUAGCAGUCAUGAACCGGAAUGCUGAAAUUGUGAAAAUCUUACUGAAUGCUGGUGCUGACCCAAACGUUGGGGAUGAAUUCACUAAUGUGAGCCAAACUGCCCGGGAAAAGCAGCUCAAUUCACUACAAGUAAUGAUUGUGCGAGAAGAUGAGUUUUCUGACCGUCUCAAUACCCGAGCCACAUUCAAGGACUGUACAGCUCUCCACUAUGCUGUGUUAUCAGACAACCUACAGAUUGUUACAAUAUUACUGCAAGCAGGUGCUGAUCCAACUCUGGAGAACGCUCUUGGACACAAGCCUAUAGAUUAUGUUCGAGAUUCUCAAAUAAAAGAUGUGUUGGUUGAAUAUGAAAAAAAGUUUAAGAAAAUCAAAUCACAAAAAGAAGCAGAAGAGAGACGAAAGUUUCCGCUGGAGCUUCGACUGAAGGAACGCAUCAUAGGCCAGGAAUCUGCCAUCAACACCGUGGCUGCUGCCAUUAGAAGAAAGGAGAAUGGCUGGUAUGAUGAAGACCAUCCCCUAGUGUUUCUCUUUCUUGGCUCAUCUGGCAUAGGGAAAACAGAGCUAGCCAAACAGGUUGCAAAUUAUUUGCAUAAAGAUGUGAAGAAGGGAUUUGUAAGAAUAGACAUGUCAGAAUACCAAGAAAAACAUGAGGUUGCCAAGUUCAUUGGAUCUCCACCUGGCUAUAUCGGUCAUGAAGAAGGCGGACAGCUGACCAAGAAGCUAACGGAGUGUCCACAUGCUGUUGUCCUGUUCGACGAAGUAGACAAAGCACACACCGAUGUUCUGACGAUCAUGCUGCAGUUGUUUGAUGAGGGUCGGCUGACAGAUGGGAAAGGAAAAACAAUUGACUGCAAAGAUGCCAUUUUUAUUAUGACUUCAAAUCUUGCUAGUGAAGAAAUUGCCCAGCAUGCACUUCAGCUGAGAGAGGAAGCAGAAGAUAUAGACAAACAGAGGCAGUCUGGGGAAAUGGAUCUGGAAUCAUCAGAGAAAAUUACAAUUUCCAAGACAUUUAAGGAUAAAGUGGUCCGGCCAAUCCUGAAGAGACAUUUCCGACGAGAUGAGUUUCUCGGCAGAAUUAACGAGAUUGUUUACUUCUUACCAUUUUCACGCUCAGAAAUGAGUAAACUCGUCACAAAGGAACUUGAUUUCUGGGCUCAAAGGGCAAAGAAGAAGCACAACAUUCAGUUGCGUUGGGACCACCAUGUAGUUGAUGUUUUGGCCGAUGGCUACGAUGUACACUACGGUGCCAGAUCUAUUAAACAUGAGGUUGAAAGGCGAGUCAUCAGCCAGCUAGCGAUGGCCCACGAGCGACAGCUGAUUGACGAGGGGUCAGUGAUCAAACUGACUGUGCCAAACAGCAAGGACGUGCUGCUGAAGUCUCAGGACGCCAACAGGUCGGUGAUGGAAGGAACGUGCGGAAAUAUUAUACGACUUCAGAUACUCAAGCAGGGAACUAAAGAUAAAUACAUCGAUGUUGACUGGGACAAGCUGGAUAAUCCAUUCGCAGCUGGUUUCAAGUGAUUUCUGGACAUCAUUGUAUUUGGAAUUUAAAAAACAGGAAUAUUUCAGACCAAGAAUAAUUUAUUUUGACCUUUAACUAUUGUUGAAGCUUUCAGUCAAUUUGUUAACCAUUUCAUGGCAGAAUGGUUUAGGAAACUCUUAACUAGCCAAGUUUAUAUUGUUGGUUUAUAAUUAUCCAGUGCAUAUUUGUUACUUUUAUAAAUUUACAAAGUUAGUUUGAUAAAGUCUAUGUUGAUGAAGGUUGUGUUAGACUAAAGCAAUUAACAUUGCCAAUAAAUUUAACAUUUUCUAAUAAAUGUAAUAUAAUUAGUAUAUCAACACACCGAGGCAGUACCUGUAUAAAAACAGGGAUGCAGAAAUAGAAAAUAUUUAUUUAAACCGCUGGACCAGAAUUAACUAAAAUAUACUAGUCCACCAGAAUUUCUACUAUUCUUCCAGCAUAUAGAACAAUAUUACUGUUCAACAAUAUUAUAAUAUACACGGUCUCUACUUCAAAUGAUAUAUUAUUAAGGACCCUUGGUAAGUGAUUAAUAUCACAUGGCAAAUGAAAUCAAGUCCCACACCUUAAUUGACAAUCAAUAAAUUUUGGACUAUUCUGAUAUACAUUUUUUCACAUUUCUUUUUAUAAAGAUGUACCAAAUUCAAGUGAAAUCCCACAAGUAUCUUAACAGAACAAUCUAUUCAGAAUACACUGGCAACAUACUGCCAACGUAAACAAACCGUUUCUAGGAAGUACUGACCUUUGACCGGCUCUGUUUUUGUCUUCUAUUGUGUAUUUUAUCAUCAUUCUGAACCGUUUGUUUGAAUGGUUUGGAAUUUUGCCAUAGCUGAUGCGGUGUCGCAGAUUUGAUGGGAAAAAAAAGAAUUAAAAAAGAGAUCGCAUGUCAGAAGAGUAGUUGCAUUUUUUAACUCUUUCGUCAGAAUUUUUACUUGCUUUUGGCGAGCAGGCGAAUACGUUCUGCAAUUCUGAUAAAAAGUGUGAUAAAUUGUAUUUAUUCUACCUGCAACAAAAUGGAUGGGGUGGGUGGGGGGGGGGGGGGGGGGGGAGGUAGCUAUGUACAGUUCUGCCAGUCAGAGCUGCAGCUUAUGUUACCUUGAACUUUGAUGCAAAAAUCUGAAUUGGUACAAUGCUACACAAAAAUAUGCAUGAAUUUUACAAACAUGUUGAUCUUUCAGUGGCAUUUUUGUAAUCAUGUAUGGCACCAUCGUCUUUCAAAAUAAAUAUAUGUACAUA